AUGACGUACCCUCUCAAUCUGCCGUUGCUGCAUCUUGAUCAUGUUGAGGUGAUGAAAGCACAUAAGAUAAUCGAAAGGGUUCAGAAGGAGCAGAAGACUGCCUUCGGAAUCAAAGCAGUCAUCGCAGUGACUCUGACUUACAUGAAAACUUUCCAGAGUUGUGAAGGAAGAGAAGCUUGGUGUGGUUGUGAUUUUGUGGAUGAUAGUAAUAUGCAUAGAUUGGAGUUCUUUGAUGAAAUUCAGAUUGUGAAGUGGUUAUGUGCUGUCUCUGUUGGAAUCCUGGCAAAUGCAGUUAAAGAUGGUUACCUCGAUGAAGGAGGAAGAGAACUCUUUGUACAAGUUCCUGCUUGUAACUCGUCUGAUAAAUUGAUUGGUUGGCAUGUUUUUAACACGUUUCAGUAUGCAAAGAGGAGUACAGUUUAUAUAGUUGCUGUUGAUGCGGUUUUGCCUCAGAAUAUAGUGGUACGGUUUGUGUUGAACUCGAGGUUGCUUUGGGAGGAAGGUGAGAAUAAGCCGGAAUGGGUUUAG